AUGACUCGAUUAAUUGGAAACUUUCUCAUGUUUAUAUCAACUGCAUUCACACUGAAUAUUGAUGGAAAGAUCCUCUGCCCAAACGGCUUUCAAGUCUAUAAAAGCGAUUUUUCGCUUUACACUCAAAAGGGAUCUGAACCGCUUUACCGUCACUCGGAAAUGAACAAUGCCGAGUUUUGCGUCUCAACAGAACCCCUGCAGUUAAAGAGAGGAGAAAGACUUGUGCUGAACAUCGACUACACGUGUAGAAUGCUUUCAAAAGUUUGCUCCUAUUCGGAUUCAAUGAAAGUGCCAAUGUUGCUUAAAUCGCCAUUCAAGCCCCGUUUCGAGGCAAGCGAUGAGAAAAAGAUCAAAUGUGGACGGCUUAAAUUCAAUCCAGAAGAGAUUGAAGCGAAAUACUUGAUGUUCGUUCAUCCU